AUGUUUAUUAGUGCCCUUCUCAAUUUCUUGGCCAACGCCUUUCACUUCAUCACCUGCGGCAUCUUUCUUGAACCGUCACUGGGCCCAAAGACCAUGUCUCAGAAACCAAAGCACAUCGUCACAAUAGGCGGCUCUUUCGCCUCUGUCAGGACAGCCCACAAAUUCCUCCAAGGAAUGCAGAAUAAAAAUGCAGGACCUUACAAGGUGACAAUGAUCUCUCGCGAUUCUCACUUCUUCUGGAAUCUUGCCACGCCCCGCGCCAUCAUCCCAGGAACUAUCCCCGAUGAUAAACUCUUCCAAGCUAUUGCACCUGGGUUCGCUAAAUAUGGCGACAAGUUUGAGUUGAUUGUUGGUACAGCUACUGGUAUUGAUAUCAGCAAUAAACAGGUCAAGGUUUAUAAAGCAGGGCAGGAGACUUUGAUUAGUUAUGAUUAUCUCCUCAUUGGUACCGGAUCUUCGACCAAAGCUGAAUCCCCUUUCAAGUCCAGGGGAUCAACUGAUGCGACGAGGGACUAUGUUCAUGCGUAUCAGAAGCGUGUUGGAGAAGCUCAGUCCAUUAUUGUUGCAGGUGCAGGGCCAACUGGGGUAGAGGUUGCAGGAGAGUUGGCGGACUACUAUGGCAACAAGAAGGAGAUUACCUUGAUCAAUGCUGGUCCAAGCGUUCUCGAUAACCGCCCCGACAGCGUCUCCAAGUCCGCACAUAGUCAAAUGGAGAAGCUCGGCGUCAAGAUCAGACUCAACACCAAAGUCAAUGAGUCCAUUACGCUUCCUAAUGGCAAGCAAAAAGUCACUUUCUCCGAUGGAAAGACAGCAGUCACAGACCUCGUCAUUCCAACAUUCGGAGUAGUUCCCAACUCAUCCUUCAUCCCGCCUGACCUUCUUGACGCGCACGGCUAUAUCAAGGUCAAUCAAUAUCUCGCCAUCGAAGGUCGAGAGGAUGUCUUUGCAAUUGGCGAUGUGUCUAAUCUCGAAGCACCGCAGUUCUGGUUCGUGAACACACAGGCUGGUCAUAUGGCCAAGAAUUUGGUGCAGAUAAUGCUUGGAAAACCUAUGAUUCCAUACAAAGCUUCGACAACUGCAAUGGGAGGAAUUCAGAUCGGCAGGUCUGGCGUUCCACCAAAUUCCCUGUACGUCAUCGAUCGUCCCAACCUUGUUCCUGGAAUAAAACAGGCCAAGACUGCAACCUCUCUGCGUGCCAUUGCGGCUGCAGCUUUACCUGCAAUUGUUGUCGCUUCUGUUAUUCAGCAGCCAAUUGACAGCUUUGAUCAUACUCAAGGCUAUCAAUUCGAUCCUCUUCUGCACCUCCCAGGAAUAUCGCCUUAUUUCGAUGCUGUAGGCUUUGGAUUGUCGCAUGCUGCACCUGAAGGAUGUACCGUUACAGCUGCGUCGUAUCUCAUCCGACACGCUGCGAUUUACGCUAACGACGCCGAGUAUGAGGACUACAUCAAGCCGUUCCUGUACAAGCUCGAAAAGCAUCGCGGUGACUUCUCAGGACCACUGGAAUUUCUGAACAAAUGGUACUCACCAAUUGAAGAGAAUCAUCUUGAAGAUAUCACGCCCUCAGGCAAGGUCGACGCGAAGAAAGUCGGCCAGCAUCUCGUGAAGCGCUACCGACACCUAGCGUCAUCAGUAAAGCGCGUCAUCGCUGAUACGAAAGACAGAACCUACGACACAGCCAAGGCAUUUCUCCAAGCGUUCCCCGAAGACGGAAAUAUCGAAAUUACGCGCUUUGACAAGAAGGAAUUGAACAACGGCACGCGUGCUCUUCUCCCUCACAAGGCCUGCUCCAAAUUCUCCAAAUCUCCUGGUACGGAACAACAGCAGCAGUUUGUCAAGAAUUACGCAAGUGGCGUAGCUAAACGUUUACGCCCGUAUACGCCCGACGAUUACGAGCUUGAUCCCUACGAUGUUUUCGCACUUCAAUCAAUUUGUGGCUAUGAAUCUGCAAUUCGAGGAAAGAAAUCUCCAAUUUGUGGAUUGUUCUCUGACGCCGAGUGGCUCUCUUAUGAAUAUGCUUGGGAUAUGAAAUAUGCUCACAUGGUCGGGCCUUUCAAUCCCCUGUCUAAUUACCUCGGUUUCCCAUGGCUACACUCACAGUCUAAGCUUUUCACCAAAAUCGAUGAAAACUCGGAAUUGAUUGGCGAUGAAUCAUCAGGAUGGCCCAAGGAGCAACGCCUAUUUUUCUACUUCACUCAUCGGGAAGUCCCUCCAUUCGUCGCCACAGCUCUAGGAAUAUUCAACUCAUCAUCCCGCGAAGGAUACGAUGAAUUUCCGACUACACACGUCAACCAUGUCCGAGCUUGGAAAAUGUCUGACCUCAUCCCAUUCCUGGGCCACGUUGGCAUGGAGAAGAUGACGUGUGAGAGACCAGUUGCUAAAGAUGGCACGGCCGAGAAAGAGGAGUUUAUCAGGUUCAUUGCCAAUACCGCGCCCCGACCCUUGCCUUUGUGUCAGAAUGGACCCGGGGCAAGUUGUCCAUUCAAGGAGUUUAAGAACAUUGUUAGCGCGGGGAUGGAGAAAUAUGGUGACUUUGAUGGCGUUUGUGAGAAUAAACAAGAGAAGGAUGAUGAGUUGUAA